AUGUUCUCCCGCGCAUUCGUCGCCGCCUGCCUCCUCGCUGUCGCCUACGCGAAGCCGAUCGCCCGCAGCAUGCAGCCUCGGUGCCGCCCCACGGACACCGUGCUCACCGUCAAGGUCCAGGUCGCCCAGAACGACAUCGCUGGGCUCGAGAAGGCGCUCAUGGACGUCUCCACGCCCGGCAACGCGCUCUACGGCCAGCACCUCACCAAGGAGGAGGUCGAGAGCUACACCGCGCCCAAGGCGGAGUCGCUCGACGCCGUCACGGCGUGGUUGAAGGAGAACGACAUCGAGGCGUCCAGCGCGUCCCCCGCGGGCGACUGGCUCACCUUCGACGUGCCCGUCAGCAAGGCGAACGAGCUCUUCGACGCCGACUACACCGUCUUCAAGCACACCGACGGCCAGGAGCUCAUCCGCACGCUCUCGUACUCCAUCCCGAAGGACCUCGCCGCGCACAUCGACGUCGUCCACCCGAGCAACACCUUUGCGGUCGCUUCGCGCGCGCCUGUCUUCAAGGCCGUCCAGGCGCAGUCGUCUGCCUCCAACCUCACCUCGCGCGCGGUCCCCUCCUCGUGCGCGUCGACCGUCACUCCUGCCUGUCUCCAGGCCAUGUACGGCAUCCCGACCACUUCCUCCGGCAAGUCAACCAACGUGCUCGCCGUGAGCGGCUUCAUCGACCAGUGGGCCAACCAGGCGGAUCUCAAGUCCUUCCUCACGAGCUUCCGCAAGGACAUCUCCUCGUCGACCACUUUCACUCUCCAAACCCUCGAUGGCGGCAGCAACCCGCAGACGCCGCGCAGCAACGCAGGUAUCGAGGCCAACCUCGACAUCCAGUACACCGUUGGUCUCGCGUCCCCCGUGCCCGUGCACUUCGUCUCCGUCGGUGACAACAACAGCGACGGCAUCGACGGCUUCCUCGACAUCGUCAACUUCUUCCUCAACAUGUCCACGCCCCCCACCGUCCUCACCACCUCGUACGGCUUUAACGAGCCCGACCUGACCUCGUCGAUGGCGAACUCGCUCUGCAACGCCUACAUGUCCCUCGGCGCGCGCGGCACCUCGAUCCUCUUCGCGUCCGGCGACGGCGGUGUCUCCGGCUCGCAGUCGCAGAGCUGCACGACCUUCAUCCCGACCUUCCCCUCCGGCUGCCCCUUCCUCACCUCCGUCGGCGCGACGACGGGCAUCACGGAGACCGCCGCGGACUUCUCCUCCGGCGGCUUCUCGAACAUCUUCGCCCGCCCCUCGUACCAGUCCUCCGCCGUGUCCACCUUCCUCACCGCGCUCGGCUCGACCAACUCCGGCAAGUUCAACACCACCGGCCGCGCCUUCCCCGACGUCUCCGCCCAGGGCGAGAAUGUCGAGAUCGCGUGGGACGCCCAGUUCGGCACCGUCGACGGCACCUCCUGCUCGUCCCCGAUCUUCGCCUCCGUGAUCGCCCUCCUCAACGACGAGCUCAUCGCCGCCGGCAAGAGCCCGCUCGGGUUCCUCAACCCGUUCCUGUACACCACCGGCGCCUCCGCGCUCACGGACGUCACCUCUGGCUCGAACCCCGGCUGCAACACGAACGGGUUCACCGCCAGGGCGGGCUGGGACCCCGUCACCGGGCUCGGCACCCCCAACUACGCCAAGCUCCGCACCGCGGUCGGCCUCUGA